GGGAUCCGGGAUGACUUCGGGCGGCUCUAGAUUUCGGUGGCUCCUCAAGAUGACAGUCUUAGUCUUGGCACUUGGCAUUGUUUUUUAUAUGUUCAGAAGCGAGUCCUUUCAAGCAGUGUUCAGUACCCUUAAGCCAGAGCCCCCACAUCCUUUGGGCGUCCAGGGGCUGAAGCUUCUACCUGAAAAACGUCUUAGGGACCUCUUUACCUACGAUGGAAUCUGGUUGUUUCCGAAAAACCAGUGCAAAUGUGAAGUCACCAACGGGCAGGGAGGUUAUAACUUUGAGGAUGCCUAUGGCCAGAGGGACCUCCCUGCCGUGAAAGCCAGAAGACAGGCUGAAUUUGAACACUUUCAGAGGAGAGAAAGGCUGCCCCGUCCACCGCCCCUCCUGGCUCAACCCAACCUCCCUUUUGGGUACCCAGUUUAUGGAGUGGAGGUGAUGCCCUUGCACACAAUUCCCAUCCCAGGUCUACAGUUUGAAGGGCCAGAAGACCCAGUCUAUAAGGUCACCCUAACAGCUUCUCUGGGGACACUGAACACACUAGCUGACAUCCCAGACAGUGUGGUACAGGGCAGAGGCCAGAAGCAGCUGACCAUUUCCACCAGUGACCGGAAGCUUCUGAAGUUCAUCCUCCAGCACAUGACAUACACCAGCACGGGGUACCAGCACCACAUGGUGGACAUGGUGAGUCUGGAGUCCAAGUCCUCAGUGGCCAAGUUUCCAGUGACCAUCCGCCAUCCUGUCAUGCCCAAGUUAUAUGACCCUGGACCAGAGAGGAAGCUCAGAAACCUGGUGACCAUUGCCACCAAGACUUUCCUUCGCCCCCACAAGUUCAUGACCAUGCUCCGGAGUAUUCGAGAGUAUUACCCAGACUUGACUGUGAUAGUGGCUGACGAUAGCAAGAAGCCCUUGAACAUUGAAGACAGCCACGUGGAGUAUUACACCAUGCCCUUUGGGAAGGGUUGGUUUGCCGGUAGGAACCUGGCCAUAUCUCAGGUCACCACCAAAUAUGUUCUCUGGGUAGAUGAUGAUUUUCUCUUUAACAACAAGACCAAGAUCGAGGUGCUGGUAGAUGUCCUGGAGAAAACUGAACUGGAUGUGGUAGGAGGCAGUGUUCUGGGCAAUGUGUUCCAGUUUAAGCUGCUCCUGGAACAGAGUGAGAAUGGAGACUGCCUUCACAAGAGGAAAGGAUCUUUCCAGCCCCUGGAAGGCUUCCCCAGCUGUGUGCUGACUAGUGGCGUUGUCAACUUCUUCCUGGCCCACACAGAGCGACUCCAAAGAGUUGGCUUCGAUCCCCGCCUGCAACGAGUGGCUCACUCAGGUGCCUACAAGUAUCAGGAGCUGUGGAGGAAGAAGCAGUGUUGUAUAAUGGGCUUUCUUCUGAGGAUCUGCUGCUGGCAGUACCACUCUGUCUCUGCAUUCCACGGGGAUCCCUGCCCCACUGUGGGAUACAAAACUAAGCAAGAUUAUGUCAUACACAGGAUUCGUCUAUGCUGCAGUGUCAGCAGACACCUGGUUACUAAGGGUGCAACCUAUGGUAAGGCUGUGCAUCAUGGUGUUAACCAGCUAACAUUUGCUUGAAACCUUCAGUCUGUUGCUUAGGCAGGAGCUGGAUGCAACUGUGGGGCUGUAGCAGCCCUGAAUUCUUACUGGGUUGGUGAAGAUUUGGAGGUUAUCCUCAUUGACUAUCAUAAAGCUAUCAGAAGAAAUCCAGACACCCAGUGGAUCACCAAACUAGUCCACAAGCACAGGGAGGUACGUGGGCUGACAUCUGCAGGCCGGAAGAGCUGUGGCCUUGGAAAGGGCCAUAAGUUCCCCCACACCACUAGUGGUUUCCACCUUGCAGCUUGGAGAAGGUGCAAUUCUUUCCAGCUC